AUGAGAAUGGCCCCGCAGAAUGCCGACUCGGAGUCUCUGCCAGUCCAGGAGCUGCCCGUGGCCCUGCCCGAGCUGCGGAAGCCAGCGGGCCCCGGCCCCGAGCCGCGCGACGAGACCGUCAGCGAGGGCUCCAUCGACCGCAUCCCCGUGCGCCUGUGGGUGAUGCACGGCGCCGUGAUGUUCGGCAGGGAGUUCUGCUACGCCAUGGAGACCGCCCUGGUCACGCCCAUCCUGCUGCAGAUCGGCCUUCCGGAGCAGUACUACAGCCUCACCUGGUUCCUGAGCCCCGUCCUCGGCCUCAUCUUCACGCCUCUCAUCGGCUCCGCCAGCGACCGGUGCACCCUGCGCUGGGGCCGGCGGCGGCCCUUCAUCCUGGCCCUGUGCGUGGGCGUGCUGCUCGGGGUGGCCCUCUUCCUCAACGGCGCCGCCCUCGGCCUGGUCCUCGGGGAUGUGCCUGGCCAGCAGCCCAUCGGCAUUGUGCUCACUGUGCUGGGCGUGGUGGUCCUGGACUUCAGCGCCGACGCGACCGAGGGGCCCAUCCGCGCCUACCUGCUGGACGUGGUGGACAGCGAGGACCAGGACAUGGCCCUCAACAUCCACGCCUUCUCUGCCGGCCUCGGCGGGGCCCUCGGCUACGUGCUGGGGGGGCUGGACUGGACGCAGACCUUCCUGGGCUCCUGGUUCCGGACGCAGAACCAGGUGCUGUUCUUCUUCGCGGCCGUGCUGUUCACGGCGUCCGUGGCCCUGCACCUGCUCAGCAUCGAGGAGCAGCAGCACUGCCCCCCGCAGGAGCGCGCCGAGGCGCCGCCCGCCCCGCCCGGCCUGCUGGGCGGCGGCCCGGUCCCGGACGAGGUGCAGUCGGAGCAGGAGCUGGCGCUGGACUACCUGGGCGAGGGGCUGGCCCGGAGCAAGAGCGACUCGGCGCUGCACGUGCCGGACGCGGCGCUGGGCCUGGAGCCCGAGCUGCUGUUCCUGCGCGGCAUCGAGCCCUCCAUCUUCCACGACGCCUCGGGCCCCGGCACGCCCGCCAGCGCCAGCCAGGACCUCAGCCCCGCGCCGCCGCCCCGCCUGCCCGCGCCGCUCGGGGACACCGCCAAGGAGGACGCCGUGCUGCUGGCGCACCGCGCGCACGAGGCCAAGGUGCCCAACGGCAGCGGCUCGCCCCCGAGGGACGGCCCGCCCGGCUACGGCGCCGUGGACCCCAAGCCCUCGGCGGCGCCCGGCGCCCUGCGGCGGCGCAGGCACGGCUUCCGCCGCCAGGCCUCCAGCACCUUCUCCUACUACGGCAAGAUCGGCUCCCACCGCUACCGCUACCGGCGCGCCAACGCCGUGGUGCUGAUCAAGCCCUCGCGCAGCAUGAGCGACCUGUACGACCUGCAGAAGCGGCAGCGGCAGCGCAGCCGGCACCGCCACCAGAGCGGGGCCACCACCUCGAGCGGCGACACGGAGAGCGAGGAGGGCGAGGGCGAGACCACGGUGCGGCUGCUGUGGCUGUCCAUGCUCAAGAUGCCGCGAGAGCUGCUGCGGCUCUGCCUCUGCCACCUGCUCACCUGGUUCUCCGUCAUCGCCGAGGCCGUGUUCUACACCGACUUCAUGGGCCAGGUCAUCUUCGACGGCGACCCCAAGAAACCCUCCAACUCCACCGCCUGGCAGAACUACAACGCCGGCGUGAAGAUGGGCUGUUGGGGGCUGGUCAUCUACGCGGCCACCGGUGCCAUCUGCUCGGCUCUGCUCCAGAAGUACCUGGACAACUACGACCUGAGCAUCCGGGUCAUCUACAUGCUGGGCACGCUGGGCUUCUCCGUGGGCACCGCCGUGAUGGCCAUCUUCCACAACGUGUACGUGGCCAUGGUCAUGAUCAGCACCAUGGGCGUCGUGUCCAUGAGCAUCUCCUACUGCCCCUACGCCCUGCUGGGCCAGUACCAUGACAGCAAGGAGUACGUGCACCACAGCCCCGGCAGCUCCAGGCGCGGCUUCGGCAUCGACUGCGCCAUCCUCUCCUGCCAGGUCUACAUCUCCCAGAUCCUCGUGGCGUCGGCCCUCGGGGGCUUGGUGGAGGCCGUGGGCACCGUGAACGUCAUCCCCAUGGUGGCCUCCGUGGGCUCCUUCCUGGGCUUCCUGUCCGCCACGUUCCUGGUCAUCUACCCGGAGGUGUCGGAGGAGGCCAAGGACGAGCAGAAGGGCCUGUCCGCCCCGCCGCCCGGCGAGGACCCCGGCGACAAGCCCACGGUGCUGCGGCUGACGCGGAAGGAGGGCCCGCCGGGGCCCGUGGAGACGGAGUCCAUGGUGUGA